CAGCCAUCGAACGCAGCAUCGCGAGGCCGCAGCGCCCCUAGUGGCGGAGCGAGAGACGAGACGCGUUCAGGGCCGCUGGUGAAAAGAAACCGAAAGAGAAAAGACUUCACGGCACAGAUAGAACCGCAGAUUACUUUCAGCAUGUUUAACGACGAGGAGGACUUUUCUUUGGUGGUAGAUGAAAAAACACCCUCCAAAGACAGCUUGGAGGACAUCAAGGCCUCGAUCGACCGCUACAAGAGGAGACACGAGCAGCUGAUCCAGGAGCAGCAGGAGAUCCUCAUCCUCACGGAGCAGCAGAGGGAGACGACCCGCGAGUUCAGGCGGCGCUCCGACAGACUGCUCCAGGACCUGGAGAAGGACCAGCGCUCCUACGAACAGCAGAUUGAGGAUGGGAAGGCCGAAGCCGUCCUGAUGCAGCAGGAGGAGAAGGAGCUGCUGAAGGAGAUCCAGCGGGUGGAGGAAGCUCUGAAGGAGGAAGAUGCCCAAAACCAGCACCUGCAGCAGCAGGUCGAGGUGUUCACCGCCGUACCGGAGAGGCCGGUGGUCUUCGUGGGCACGAAGGGGAGCAACGCCUUCCAGAUGAAGUCGCGCGUGGUUUACCCGAUGGAGGGCGGCACGGCUCUCGUUACCUUCGAGGACGAAGUGGUGGCCAGUCGGAUCCUGGACAUGAAGGAGCACCGGGUGGCGCUGGGGUCCGAGUGCAGCAUCGCUCUGGAGGCCCGGCGGGUUCAGCUGGUGCUGCCCCAGCUGGUGGAGAUCGACUCCGAGGUGAGUCCUCGGCACAUAUUGAUCUCCAACCUGCCCAAGAUGGAGACGGAGACGCUGCUGAACAAGCUGGAGAUCCACUUCUCCAAGAAGAGGCACGGAGGCGGGGAGGUGGAGAAGUGUGAACUGCUGCCCGACUCCGAGGACGUGGUCAUCACCUUCGUGGAGAGCGACGUUGCCAGAGGUCUGACGGAGAGAGAGCACCACCAGGUGGAGCUGCAGCGGACGGAGCAGAGCGUCCGGGUGACUCCCUUCCUCAACGGGACCAUCACAGGCCUGCAGACCAGGGUGGCGGUUUGUCGGCGCACGGUGCUGCUGACGGGAAUCCCAGGCGUGAUGGAGCCGGAGAGCCUGCUGGACCUGCUGGAGAUCCACUUCCAGAGGAAGGCCAACGGCGGAGGAGAGAUCGAAGCCUUCCUGUACAACCCGCCGGGGGGGCGCAGCUCGGCCCUGUUCGAGGGCGUCUCCGCCGCCUGAUGGGGGGGGGGGUUCAUCGCCGUCACCAUCAUCUCAGGUUCGGGGCGAGAUCAUCGGAUGGAGAGACAGCAAACUCCUUUUCCUCUUAUACUCAACUUUGUUUCGUUUAGCACAAAGUCUUUUUUACCACUUUGUAUUAAAACUUAAACUAAGAAAUGAAUGAAUAUCAAAUCCAGUCAUUAGAACUAUGCAAUAAUUAAUCAAUUCAAGCAGUUCUACUAUAUUAAAUGUACAUAGCGAACUGUAUCAGAGUAUUGCUUUAUUCUUUGGGGCGGAGUGCAAUUAAACUAUUAACAAAAAAAAA